GACACUAAUCAGCUGAUUGAAUAAACAUGCAUGAAAUCUAAUCAAAGAAGCAAACAAAGGCUGAACACUCUUUAAAAGAAUUCUGUUGUAUUAGUUAGUGAUUAUAUAGUUUUCAUGUGAGAGCCAUGGAAAAAGAUGACGAAUUUUUACAUGGAUAUUUUAAUUUCAUAUCCCAACUCUGCUUUGAUAAGGCCAAGGAGCAUGUUGAGAAAGAAAAGGAAGCUAAUAAAUCAGCUUUGAACCAAUCACUGACUUGGGCUAUGAUUUUAGCACAGUUGCAGCAAAUAGCAUUAGCUGAGAAGAGCUAUAUGGAAAUUGGUUUUCUGCAGAACAAGAACAAAGGAUUUUUGAGAAAAGAUAAUUCUCUCAGGGCAAUAUAUGAGACAAUAAAAUAUGAUAUGAAAAAAAUUGAAGAAACAAGCAAACAGUCACAGAAUGAUCAAAAGUAUGCAAGUAUUGGCCUCAAUAUUGAUCAGUUUCUUAAUGCUCGAAUGAGUCUUAUAGACUUUUAUGAUAAAAUGUAUUUAAAUAGUGCCAAUAGUAUCUUAAGAUAUAAUGAUAUGUUGCAAACCAUUAACAUUUUGAUUCAGAAAAAUGUUGAUAUGUUCACAGACAUUAGGUUUACACCAAUCAAGGCAGUUUUCAGUUUAGAAUGUUCCAUUUUAGAACAACUUUUUAAAGCUUUAACUGAGUUACAAAGAUUGCAGUUUUUGCCAUCUCUGUCUCUUAUACAUGGGGCGCAUACACAGUUAGCAGCUUGGGAGAAUAAAAUACAGAAUAGAGAGACAUGGAAAUUGGGUUUUUUGAAAAACAACCAAUUGCCGGCAUUGUUCCAAUGGCAUUUGAAGUUGAAAGGCGCGGUGUUAAGUAAAUUCAGCUUAUUUUUCCAUGACACUUUGGCUUCCCAAACGUCUAACAAUGAGAUGAGACAAAUGUGUUCGAAAUUGCAUUUCGAUUAUUACAAUAAAAUGGCAAGCUUCCAGAAAAAGUACGACGCUGUUUCGGUUUUAUUUUUAUCGCCAAGUCAAGUUAGUUGCGACACUACAGAUUAUGAAAGUUUUCCAGUUAUUGUUGCGUGCCCUCCUAGACCGCCACCAAUAAUCGACAUGAUUUUGAAAUUAAUUGCUGAUUUUACAACCGAUUUGGAAAUUCCAGAUAAAGUAAUUUUUAAAUAUAUAGUUGAGGAUAAAUAUAUGUUCAUCAUAACGACUUUAGAACCAAAUAUAUAUUUAAUAAUUACAUUUGAAAGUAAAAAGACUGAAAAGGAUACUUAUAUAACGAAUUUUAUAACGGACAUAUGUGCAAAUUUGCGAUGUACGAAAAUAUUUACUGGGAUCAAAAAUCAUGCUAAAUAAGAUACAAUAAGAUGAAUUCCAUAACAUAUCAGGGUGCAGUGCCAUAUGAAGCUACUCCUAAAUGCUAUUUUAAUUA